AUGACACCAUCCGACAGCAGCGACUCGUCCGGGGGGGAUCUCAUCUAUACGCCUCCCGGAACUGAAUCACCUUUACCUCUCACCUCCGCCUCCACCGCGCCCUCCAAAGCCCCCUUACGUCCUUCGAGCCCCUUACGAUUAAAUUCCCUUCCCCCAGCAAUAAAAGACGAAUUCCGGGCCGAUCGACAACACAUACGAGGAGUACAUUUCAGUCUGAAUGACGAGCCUAUAGCCGACAGAGGAGACGACGACGACGACGACGACAUGGACGGGAGGACGUCAAUGCACCGGCCUACGGGUCCAGAAUCGCAUGAGCCAUUACUAGGAGAAGACAAAAAAGCAAACACCAGAGGUCGACUAGAGUCACCAAGUCUCCAUGGCUCAUCCAGACCAGCAGCCUCAUCUCGGAGGAGCACAUUCCGCUCGCGGUCACCAUCAUACGCCCAACCUGAAGACAUGGUACGGCGGAAAUACAUCUAUGCCUCCUUCUUUCUCAUUCUCUCACUCAUCUCCUUUGUCGUGCAGACGGAGACUGCAGUGUAUAUCCAACACGAACUGAAAUGGGACAAGGCUUACUGCAUGAUGUACUUGACACACGGCUCCUGGAUAUUUCUCUGGCCGGUCCAACUCAUGUUUCUCCGGAUACAGAAACGGAAACUCACCUGGACUGCGUUCUGGAGAAGGCAUGUCUAUCUCCUCCGCUCGACGGCACAGAUGGUCCGCUCUCAGGAACUCCAUCUCUCAAAAUCCACCAUCUUGAUCUCCCCCUGGCCCUACAUGAUCAAAUCCACCGCCUUCAUCACUACGUUUCUCACUAUGGCUGGGGGAUCGUGGUACGUUGCAGUCAACUUAACCUCGCCGUCCGACCUGACCGCGAUCUACAACUGCUCCGCCUUCUUCGCCUAUGUAUUCUCCAUUAUGCUCCUCAACGACAAGCUACGCUUUGACAAGGCCCUCUCGGUCGCUCUCGCCAUCAUUGGCGUCCUCGUAGUCGCAUAUGGUGACAAAGACGACACCACCCCGGGACCUGGGACGUCAAAUCCUGGUGCGGAAAAAGGAUUUGGUACAAAGCUUGUGGGGAACAUUAUCAUUGGCAUUGGCUCGGUCGCAUACGGGUUUUACGAAGUUCUCUACAAACGCUUCGCCUGCCCUCCUGAAGGCACUUCUCCGGGCAGGGGGAUGAUCUUCGCAAACACAUUUGGCAGCAUGGUUGGAUUUUUCACUUUGACUGUUCUCUGGAUUCCACUCCCCAUCCUCCAUUGGACCGGUCUGGAGACAUUCGAGAUUCCCAGCGGCCAAGCAGCCAGAUUGCUCGCCGUCUCCACCCUUUCCAACGCUGUCUUCUCCGGCUCUUUCCUUGUGCUCAUGUCCCUCACCUCGCCGGUCUUGAGCUCGGUUGCCGCACUCCUCACGAUCUUCUUGGUGGGCAUCACGGAUUGGAUCAUAACGGGCAAGCCGCUUAGUGCGGCGGCACUCUCUGGUUGCGGCUUGAUUAUCGUGGCGUUUGUAAUGCUCAGUUGGGCCACGUAUCGGGAAAUGAGAGAAGAACAAUUGAAGAGGGAAGCAGAGGAGGAGAAUAAAGUGUUUGAUGACGAUGACGACGAAGAUGAAGAAGGCGAUGACGAGCCGAUGUCAAGUAAUAGAAGAAGGGUCAGUUGA